CCGGCCCGGGACGGGGCGGGGCGGGACCGGCGGUACCGACCCGGCCGCGGCCCCACAGUCCCGCCAUGUUCAACGUGGAGAGCCUGGAGCGCGCCGAGCUCGGCGAGAGCCUGCUCACCUGGAUCCAGACAUUUAAUGUUGAGGCACCAUGCCAGACCGUGGAAGAUUUAACGAGUGGGGUUGUGAUGGCCCAGGUCCUUCAAAAAAUAGAUCCAGCUUAUUUUGAUGAAAAUUGGCUGAACAGAAUCAAAACAGAAGUGGGAGAUAAUUGGAGGCUAAAGGUAAGCAACCUGAAGAAAAUUUUAAAAGGAAUACUGGAUUACAACCAUGAGAUUCUAGGGCAGCAGAUAAAUGACUUCACCCUUCCUGAUGUUAACCUGAUUGGAGAACAUGCUGAUGCUGCGGAGCUUGGGAGAAUGCUUCAACUAAUUUUGGGAUGUGCAGUGAAUUGUGAACAGAAGCAAGAGUACAUCCAGACCAUAAUGAUGAUGGAAGAAUCAGUUCAACAUGUUGUCAUGACAGCCAUUCAGGAGUUGAUGAGUAAAGAGUCUCCAGUCUCUGUUGGAAAUGAUGCUUACAUUGACCUUGAUCGGCAGCUGAAGAAAACUACAGAAGAAUUAAAUGAAGCGCUUGCAACAAAAGAAGAAAUUGCCCAGAGAUGUCAUGAGUUAGAUAUGCAGGUUGCAGCCCUCCAAGAGGAGAAGAGCAGCCUGCUUGCUGAGAACCAGAUUUUGAUGGAACGUUUAAAUCAGUCUGAUUCCAUUGAAGAUCCCAACAGUCCUGCAGGUCGUAGACACCUGCAGCUGCAGACACAACUAGAACAGCUCCAAGAGGAAACAUUUAGAUUAGAAGCUGCAAAAGAUGACUAUCGAAUACGCUGUGAGGAACUAGAAAAGGAAAUUGCGGAAUUGAGACAACAAACUGAAGAGCUUACUACACUGGCAGAGGAGGCUCAGUCUUUGAAGGAUGAGAUAGAUGUACUCAGGCAUUCUUCUGAUAAAGUAGCCAAGUUAGAAAGCCAAGUAGAGUCAUACAAAAAGAAAUUGGAGGACCUGGGUGAUUUGCGGCGGCAAGUGAAGCUUUUAGAAGAGAAGAAUACAAUGUACAUGCAAAAUACUGUGAGCCUGGAGGAAGAACUAAGGAAGGCCAACGCAGCACGCAGUCAGCUGGAAACAUACAAGAGACAGGCAGUUGAACUACAAAACAGGUUAUCUGAAGAAUCCAAGAAAGCUGAUAAAUUAGAUUAUGAAUGCAAACGACUGAAAGAAAAAGUAGACAGCCUCCAAAAAGAAAAAGAUAGAUUAAGAACAGAAAGGGAUUCUUUGAAGGAAACUAUUGAAGAACUUAGAUGUGUACAAGCUCAGGAGGGUCAACUCACCACUACAGGAUUGAUGCCUCUGGGAGGACAAGAACCUUCAGACAGUUUAGCAGCAGAAAUCAUUACUCCUGAAAUAAAGGAGAAACUCAUCCGCCUUCAACAUGAGAACAAGAUGUUAAAAUUGAACCAAGAAGGUUCUGACAAUGAGAAGAUUGCCUUGUUGCAGAGCCUUCUUGAUGAUGCAAACUUAAGGAAGAAUGAACUGGAGACAGAAAACAGAUUGGUAAAUCAGAGGCUUCUGGAAGUACAGUCCCAGGUUGAAGAACUACAAAAAUCUUUGCAGGAUCAAGGUUCAAAAGCUGAAGAUUCAGUUCUUCUGAAGAAGAAACUUGAAGAACAUCUAGAGAAGCUCCACGAAGCCAACAAUGAGCUACAGAAGAAACGAGCUAUCAUUGAAGAUUUGGAACCAAGAUGCAACAACAGUUCACUUAAAAUUGAGGAAUUGCAAGAAGCUCUACGGAAAAAGGAGGAGGAAAUGAAACAAAUGGAAGAACGAUACAAAAAAUAUUUGGAAAAGGCCAAGAGUGUCAUCCGCACAUUAGAUCCUAAACAGAACCAGGGUGCUGCUCCAGAGAUUCAGGCACUGAAAAAUCAGUUGCAGGAGCGGGACAGAAUGCUUCAUUCGCUGGAGAAAGAGUAUGAGAAAACAAAAAGUCAAAGAGAAAUGGAGGAGAAAUAUAUUGUUAGUGCCUGGUACAACAUGGGGAUGACUCUGCACAAAAAAGCAGCAGAAGACAGACUGGCUAGUACAGGCUCAGGACAGUCCUUCCUGGCUAGACAAAGGCAAGCCACGAGCACAAGGAGAUCUUACCCUGGUCAUGUCCAGCCAGCAACAGCAAGGUAGAGAAGCCUUGCCCUUAGAAAAACUGCCCUGUGAUCCAGGCCACUUCUAUUGCAAGUGACAACAUUCAAGGAAAAUAAACCAGCAUCCUUUCUCUUUCUCCCUUGUUACUGCUAUUAUUUUCCAUUCAGGAAAGGGUUAUAUUAUGCUUUCUCAUUGCUCUGUUAUGCCCCUUGCUUAUAUUUUUUGGAGUUCGUUUCUCUCUGCAUUUUCUGAAUGUGCCAAAAUUUUGAAAACAUCUAGAGGAGUGUUGUAUAAUAACAGUCUUAUUUGUAUGAAGCCUGGUCUCUUACAAAAAACUCAUGUGGACCAUAUGACAAUGUAGAUUUCUUAUCACAGUUGGUACUUUUGUGCCUGUAAGGGUUGUUAUGCUUUAUGAGACUGUUUUUUGUUCAAAGGGAAUUGCUUUUUAUUUCAUCUCCUAUUCUGUUGCUUCAGAAAAAUGCUGAAAUCUCAUUACAGAAAUGCAAAGUUGGAUUAUAAUAUUGUGACAUAUAUUUCAUGCUAAAAAAUCACCAAUGCAAAAAAGAAAGAUUGGGGAUUUUUUUCAUCUCCUAAGUUCAAAGUUUGCUCUUAUUCUUGGCAUUUAGGGAAGCAGGAUGAUCUUUUUCCAGGUUUUUCUUUAUCAACUGGUAUUACCUCUUUUGCUGGUAGAGAUUAAUAUUUUCAAAUGGUUUAUUCCACUCUUUGUCGAGCAGGUGCUUAAAUACAUAUCCUAAAAAGGUAGAGAAAUAUUUAGGAUGUGCUAAUCUGCUAUUCCAUCAUCCAUUUAAAAAGGACAUUUGUUUUAAAAUUUUAUGAUUAUGGAUGAACAAUAUGUAAUGGAUCAAGGCCCCAGUUAAUAUUGUUAAUGUACUUCAGUUGUCAUCCCCUACCAAAAGACUUGCUUUUAAUAUAUUGAUUCAGGGUAUAAUUGUAUCAGUUGCCUUACUAAUGGUACCAGUGCCUUCAGGUGAGUUUAUUGCUGACUUUGUUGGAAACUGGCUGUGAUUUGUUGUGCUGCCUUUUUAGUGCAUAGCUGAUUAAUUGUUGUAACACCUUCCUGUUGAUCAAUGGAUGGAGGCUCCUCCUAUUUAGGUUCUGUUCUUACAAAGUUUUGCUUUUUUUCCUGACCAAUUCUAUGCAUUCCCUAUCAUUUUUGUCAAAGAAUUGAUGGACACAGAGAACAUGAGCAUUGGCUGGAAGUUUAGUAUUUAUACAUUUUGUUGUAAUUCAGUUUUAAAUUUAGAGACUGGUUUUAAAUUUAGGUUUUUAUUUAGAGACUGUUUGGACUCUAAUGCACAGGCAGUCCAUUUUUAAAUUUAUUUUGUCACCUGAUUGUAAUGCCCUUCUAAGUGGAGAUGUUUCUUUUUACAUAAAUCCCUUUAGAGAAAAGAUACUAGCAUUUAUCAAUCAUCUGAUUGUCUAUUUUAAUUCAAACUUGGGUAGAAUGAGCAAUGGAUAAUUAAAACAAGCACUCCUAGAUUAAAAGGUAAUAAAAAGAAUGACAUUUUUAGGUACUAUUGGUUUAUCCUCAAGUGCAUCAUCUGUUUUAAUCUGGGCUAAGAAAUGCAUUCAGUAUGUGUCUGAAAAAUAUUUUCAGUUCCAGUUAUGCCCACACACACACACACCCCCCUAUGCACUCCACCCAGAAAACAGAUGCUGAAUUCUACAUAUAGUUUUAAAUUUUAUUCCUCACAUUUAGGAAAAAAUGGUUUUCUAAAACUUUUCUGUACUUAUGCAGUAUAUAACUGGUAUGGGCUUGCAAAAAUGACAUGAGACUUGGCCAGUUUCUUGUGUGCAGAAAGAUAACAAUGCAAAGGAAGUUGCAGAUAAUUUCUGUAGUUCAGUGAGGUGAUAUGCUCAAUCUGCUGUCUCUUACUGAGAUACAAAAUGCUCUUUAUACAAAAUGCUUUCUGUACUCAUCUAGAUGAUUACAGUUGAUGUGCGAUAGCUUUUACUGAUUUUGUUGUGCAAUCAAUUUUAAUAACUUGAAGAACUCUUUACUAUAUGCUGUAUGUGAACAGGAGCAAGACCAGUCCUCAAGGGGAAUUUGAUGUUCCUGCUUGAGGUUACAGCAUUUUAUAUCACCCAGAACAAGAACCUAAGAAUACCUAAAGCUCUAUUGUAAUUUUUUCAUUUUAAUCUAGCUAAUUUUUCUGUUACAAAACUGCCAAGGGCUAUUCGUGAAAGAAAGGGAUGGAACCUUAAUGGGAAGUUUUUUCUCUCAAUUUUGUCUGGUAAUCUAAUUACUUAUUGCUGUUAUUUAGGUGCAGAUCUAAAAGAACUUGAACACAAUCAGCACACUAGAAUAAAAGUAAUAGCUUUUGUAAUUAUUAUGUUAAUAUUUGUUUUACUGUUUUGCCUCCAAAGUUUUGAGGACAGGCUAAUGCCACUGAGGGUUAGGAGAUGAACAGAUGCUGGUUAGAAGCCUUGUCUUAGGCUUUUACUUUCCAGUCUCUCAUAGCUUCUUUUGCUUCUUGGUGGUUGUUGGCUUUUCUCCUCUUUGUGAGUCUGUCUUUCCUUUUCCCUUGAAGAUAAGACACUGAAGUGUUUUCUGUAGUUCUCUUCAAAAAUAGAUAGCAUCAUUAUAUAGCAUCAGAGAUCAACACAAAACUCAUAUUGCAUCUGAGCUUUAUUAUUGCCCGUAGUAAUUGUUAGGCAAGUGAACAAUCAUUUUGUCUUUGAGAAUUUACAAACAUGCAGAAAUUCUGAUAUUUCCCAGAAUUUGUGCUGAAUAUAAAAGCCUAAAAAUGUACUGCAGUCUUUAAGAAGUAUACUCUGUUGCUGUCUGGUUCUAGUAAGUCAUUUGUUAUGUCUUCUAUUAGUAGUUAAGAGGAGUUCAAUCCUUUUUUCUUCAGUGCUUUACUUCUUUAAUUUGCUGCAUACAUCCAUUCUUAGUCUCUGUGUGUGGAUGAAUGCAGGUGGUGAACAUCAUUAAACCUCUUUCACAAGAGCUCCUUCUUUAUUCAAAGGUUUCAGCUUCAUUAUUUUGCUUGCUUGUUACGUAUCUUUGUAAUCAGUGUGUAUUAAGAAAAAGAAGGAGCUCAGACUGUGGCUCCAGGGAGUCAAAUACAUGCACAGGGGAGCUACCAGUGUAUGUUCCCUAUUUGUCUUACCUUGAGUAAUUAAAGAAUAUAAGCAAAAGCCCCAGCCUAUGGAGCAGAAUUCUUUCAGUACAUUACAUAGUUCUGAGAAGUUUUUAGGAAUACUUUCUUCCCCGGAGGCAAGAAAGACUAUUUACAUCAAAAUUGUAGUGGUAAUGACUAAGCCAAUGCUGUAUCCUGUCCUGACACCACAGAAAAAAGGCCCCACAACUGAGCUUAAAGAGAAAAGGUUCUCCAGAUCAGAGGUAAAACAGCUGAGGAAUUCAUGAGAGUACUUCUCUGGGCACUGUGCUGAGGAUCUGCCCAGAAUAAUCUUUCUUACAGAUUUUAAUUAAUGACAAUAAAAGAUAGCAGAUAAAUGGGGGUUUUUAGGAUAAAUAUUUUCACUGUUUAGAGCUGAAGCUUAGUUCCUGACCUAAAAGGAUGAUGGGUUCAGAUGUGCAGUCCAGGUCAUGUACUUUUGUGGAGAGUUGAGUUUUUAGCAUUUCCAGUCAGACAUGAGAGAAAAAAAAGAUUCACGUUCCCUCUUUUCUUGAUAGCCACUUGGAUCAUAACAUGUAUUUUCUAAGUGCUGUGAAAACUGAAGUAAUUUAAUUUAAAGGCUGUGUGUUCCAUCCACAGUGCAAAGGUGUCUCCCCGAGAAAAAAGUGCAGCCAGAGGCUGCACUCCUCUCCCGACUUCAGCCACUUUCUUUUGUCUUUGUUAAGUAUCCAUCCCAUAAGUAUGCAUAAGUACCCAGUAGUUAGUUUCUUAGCAACUUACUGGGAAAAAAUCCAUAAGUAAAAGAAAAAAAACGAAAGAAACUCAACCCCCCAAAAAAGGUAAACACACAUACAACUUUGCAUAUACAAAAUGAAGGAAAUAUCUAAUGGCUACAUGAUGCCUUUUAUUUUGUUUGGAAAUAAUCAAAUGGCAACCUUGUCCUGUUCAAGUGUCAUUCGUAUUAGCAGCAAUGCUUCUACAGCCUCAAGUUUUUUGUGGCUCUCUGUUCUGUGAGGAGCACUGGCAUUUUUAUAUGUGUAUGAAAGAAUGAACCAUGAGUAUUCCUAGUACUGCUUUAUUAUGAUCUCAAACAGAAAGUGGUAUGUGUAAGCUUUCAAGAAAAUUUCAAAGUUUUUUGCAAUUUUAAAGUCCUUGGUAUUUCGACUUGUGCAAAUAGCUUUUACUUUUCCUGUGUUCCCUAAUAUAUGAGACUAUACACUUAACAGCUUCCUGAAUGAUUUUGAGUGAGUUUAAUUUUCCCGAUAUGUUGACAUUUUGUGUGACUUGAUAGUUGUAAGAUAUUUUAAUGUCACCACUUGAUUUUCUUCUUCUUAGUGAUUUGGAGGGAGACUACCCUGAAUGUGGAUAACUUACCUUUUUCUUAUGAAGCAAAACAGUAUUUCAGUUUUACUUGCUGUAUAGUGAUAUCUUUUAUUCUUGCCCAACAUAUUGACUUUUUGCAAGGAUUGAUGAGGGAGGUAUUUUUGCACUCAGUCAGCUAUGCAAUAUUGACUUCUUAUGGGGUUUGCACAUGUGUUUUAGGUAGAAUGUGGACUCUGUGUUUUGCAGUAAGAUUGUACUGAUAAACUUCAGUAUCUCCUAACCAAAUUUAGCAGGCAUUUCUCUCAGCUGGCAUUGCAUAAAUAAAUAGCUAAAAGGAUCUAUCAGGUUAUACUUCCAGGUGGUGAGGGUUUUUGGAGCAAAUGUCAUAUUCUAGGUAGGAUCCUAGCCAUGCCUCCAGUUUGUCACUCUUAAGGAAUCAAGAACAUAUCCUGUCAUGGCUGAUUGGAUUUCCUUAGUCCUGUGGUCCUCCUUCCCUCUGGAAGUCCGGAAAAGUAGCAGAAGUUUGUCAGUGAUCCUGCAGGCUGUGACUAACAAUAAGGUGUGAUUUCUUUGGUCUGAAAAUGGAGGAAACAGAUGCAAGCAACUAGUCAGUACAAAAAUGAGAAGAGCAUUCUUUCAGCAUCUUGCAUUUGGUUUCAAUUCAAAAUGAAUGAUGAAGAACCUGAGCUUUUUCAGCUAGAAAGAAGAUUUUUAUCUUUUUAAUUCAAUUUUAGUUUUAAUUGAGUAACUGUUAGAGAUUUUACCCCAUCUAUAAGGCAGAAGCUGUCAUUAUCAGUCACCACAACCUCAGACUUCCUGCAUCUGGUACAGUGAAACCCUGUAAAGAUUUACUCUGCUACCAGCUCCAUUGAACCAUUUGGAGACAUUGAGGACUUAGCUGGUUUCAUCCUGUUUUUCUUUGAUUUUUUUUUUGUAUUCAUAAAGAUACUGGAAUAUAAAGUUCAUUUUUAAAAUGUGUCAGCUCAUUGAAUUAGGCAGUGAAUGAAUGUUGACUGGAGGGCUCUAGGAAACUUGACAAAUCAUACUAUCCUGUGGGGCACUGAGACAGCACCUGACAGUGCAGUCAAGACAGCUUCCCAGACGAAUUGUCCUGGUGUCAGAUGGUAGUCAGUGGAUCAGUAGGAGCUAGUCCUGACUGCUCUAAGUGGAGUCCUCAUCUGCUGCAGGAUGGUAUUGCUGUCAGCUUCACUGUGAUCCAGAUUCCAUCUUCACCUUUGGGCCUUGCCAAGGUCGUGCAGGACUACCCUGAAGGAUAUUUCUGCAUUAGUUGGCUUUGGUGGCAAAUCAUGAGUUUGCUCUGUUGCUGUUUGCUGUGCAUGUAAAGUCGUUUGGAAAAUUGCAUAUCUUUGUCUCCUUUGCAUUUGGUGUCAUUUCCGGACUGAAAAUAGAUUCCAUUUGUCAGAUAAAAAUUUCUUGUGGCUGUCUUGCUGCUAUGGGUCUCAGAGACUGAUCCAUACAACAUGAAAAAUGCUGCUAGUAGAGGGAGAUACAGGUCAGUUGGGGAGCCUUUCCUUUCUGGUGCUGACUAUUAAUUGGUUUGCAUUAGAGAGGUCCUUCACAAUCAGAUGAGAUGAUUUCAGAAAGAGGAACAGUGGUUGUUUUAAUUGUUAAAAAAGCAGAGAUUUGUCAGCACUGAAGAACUGCUAACUACUGUAGCAUGGCACAAAUCUGAAACUACAAAAGCAAGUAUUCCCACUUGGUAUAGAUUACAGUAUAGAGGUAUAGAGUAGUUUAUUCUGGAAAUGGGAAUUGAAUCCCUAAUGAUUAUACAUAACUUGAAGAGAAAAGAGCUAACAUAAAAGUCCAGUGGUUAGCAUGCUCAUGUUGUUAACCUGAUCAUGAAAGUGGACGGAAUUUUAAGAGAAAAUUCCCAGUGGUUUAGUAUUUAUGGCGUUAUAAAAUACUUGCAAUGAGAUCGUCAGACUUUUGACUUGGAUUUGAAUGUAAAAUCAGCUAUAUAAUUUAAAAUAUUGUAAAGCACAGGUUAUUGUUCACAGCCACAAAAGGUUAGUAAGCUGGAGAGUAAACGUAUUUCCUGGAGGCAUCAGUGGUUUUGAGAGCAAUUUUAAAGCUUUUGUUUGGCAUUAUCAGUAAAGUCUCAGAAUAAUUAUAAGCAUUACAUUAUAAGGUCACAAUUUUUAAAAUUUAUAAUCUGCCUUGUAUUCUCUGUGUCACUCUCUAAGAUGCUGCAGAUGCAGUGACAGGUUAUGCUCAGUGAAUUUACCCUCACAUCUUGCAUUUAUGUUUUCUAUUAUGUCUUGCUACCUCAACAGGUGGCUUUAAAAUAGAGAAAUUGGCAGACAACUAUUUUUAGAACAUGGUAAGAAUUUCUAGUCAGGAAAGGGCACUUACAGAUGAAUUUUUACAUCCUUGAAAGUUAGUACAGUGUCCUGAGUUUACAAGACCUCUCAAAAGUACUAUUGACUCAAAGAGAAGCCUGAAGUGUCACUUCUGUGUAUGUGCAAAAUGCACUUGGAGGACACUUGAAGUGCUACUAAAUAGUAAGUUUGAGCUCAAUAAUAGCCAGAGGGUUGACUGAAGGAAUACAUUGUAUUCAUUUAUACACAAUAGAAUAGGUACAUGCUUAUGUAGAUUGAACUUUUAAUUUUUUUAUAGAGCAACUACAGUGAUCUUCAUAUUAAUCUUGAACUGUGUAACUUUUUGCACCAAGCAGUGCCAAGCAAACUUAAAAGACAAUGAUUGCUCAAAAUACACACCCUCAAGAUCUUUGAAUGUGUUAAUUUUUUUUUUACUCCAUUUGAUAUGUGUCUCUGUGUUUCUAUUUGUUUUUCUAUUAUGGUUAGUAUUCUGAGUGGAUGAAUGAGAAGGGAAGAAAGAGGGAUACACAAGCUACAGGACUUGUAGCAUAAACACUCUUUUUUAUCUCUUUAACCUGGGUUGUCCCAUCACAAGAAGCAUUCUUAGAAUAAUUUUUGACUAGUGCAAUACAGAGGAGAAGGAAGUGGGGAAACAGGCUCUAAUUUCUCUUUGGUGAAGCCAAUUUGCUCUUUUGCAAUAUGAAAACAAAAAUGCCUCUGUAGUGCUGUGCCAGUGCUGUGUAAGGAUAUCUCUGUUACCUGGGGAAGCAGCUGUGUCAGUAAAGCAUCCCAUUCCAGUUACACUGGAAGGUUCACAGGAAAAAGGGUGCGUCAGUGAGGAUGGAGUACUGUGCCAACCUCUCUGAUUCUCUUCCAAACUUAGAUUCCCUUCCUCAGUAUUGUGGUAUGCUCUCUUGACUGUUCACUGACUCUGACUCAGCUUACUUUAGCAAGAACAUGUCAUUUUCUGGCAAUUCAGACCUGUAUUUGCAGGCCAGAGAUAGAGCUUGCCAGUGCAGUGGGGCAGUGAUGCUGAGCCUCAUGCACUGGAUGAGCUCUGAUGAAAUUUAAAUGCCUUCAGUGGAGCUCAGAGCUCACGACAGUUGAUGUGACUCUGAUUGUCUUCUAGCAUGUAAACACAUGCAGAAUUGGGUGGGCACCUUUCACUUCAUCUUGCUUUAACAGUUGUACUCACAGACAGCAGGAAUUCCUGAGACUUGCUCAUUGCUGUGUAAACUUACUUCCCAUAGCUUUAUUAGUCCAGAAUGGUGCCCUGAAGAAUUUUACUCAGAAGUGUGUGAAGUUUAAUUACAGCUAAACUUAGAUAUUGACCAAGGCUAUUUUGUUGCUUUUCCAAUUAUUGGCCUAUAACCUUCCUGCUAAUUUGAACAGUUGCUUGGCAAAGGUAUUUUCCCCGUGAAUUUGCACAACUCUUAAGUAGAGGUGGCCUUACUAAACUGCUUUGAAAAAGACCUGUUCUGUUCUCUGUUUUGGUUUUUUUUGGCUUUUGGGUUUUUUUUUUCAACAGUAAUAUGUUAUCUGCUUUUUAACUUUCUUCUUUAUUCUUUUAUUUGCAGUGAUGUGGUUGCAUGACCUGCAGCAUUAUUAUAACAGGGACUGUUCAGUGCAUGACUUGCUUUUCUGUCCAGACUGCAUAACCAAAACUUAACCAGUUCUACACUUAAGACUCAUGGCCAUCUGAUUUCAAAGGGGGAUCUACUUGCAGAGAAGUUUACCAUCCUGGGGAGCUUUCCCAUUUCCCACUUCCACUUACUCUUUCUCUUCACAAAAAGUCUCCUAUGAGGCUAGAAGAGAGGAAAUCCUGUGUUCACAACUCAACAGGAGGCGUUCUGCAAAGUGACAGAGCAGUGUCAGCUCUCCAUCUUACUUCCGCCUGUCCACUUUAUUUAAUUCUGAUUAACAGUAUUAACACACAGACUUCCUGCAACAUUUUCAUAUACCGAACUAUAAAAAUCUAGUCUUAACGAGUUCCUAAAAAAGGCCUUUUGGUUACUGUUAAAAUUUCAAAGCACCCGCACCCUUAAAGGAUCCACUUUGAAUCUUUAAACAAUUAAAGUAAAGCGAAGGAGGUGUUUUACAAGGAGAAAUGACUAAUGAAUUGCUGCUUGGCGAUCCCAACUUCCUUAGAAAACCAAGCAAGUUUCAUCUGAUAAUCUCCGAGCCAGGCAAACUACCGGGUGGUAUUUUGUUCACAGGCGCUGCCUGCUUCCUUAAUAUGUAUAUACACAGUAGCUUGUGGCUGUUGUAUUUUUAUCUCUACAUUUGAGCUGUGUUGUUGGUUUCUUUCGGAAACUUUUUUUUCCAAUCUGUGUACAAUUGUUAAAACAAUCUGAGGAAAGACCAUGAAUGGAGAUAAGUAUGAAAGGCAUCUAUACUUUCAGUAUUAUGCAGACUGUCCUUGCCAGUUUAUAAUUUGGAUCGUUUAUCUUUCACCUGUACUGGUUUUUUCCUUUCUUUUCUUCUUUCUCUUGUCACAGUCUUGGCUAUUUAAUUUCCAAUUGCACUAGCUUGGCUGUUUCUUUGUAUUUUGAAGUUUAGAUAUAAGAUUUGCCAUAUGUAGACAGUGUAACUCAAAAUGCUUUGUACUGCCUAUAUUAAUUUAAAAAGCUGCUUAUUUAAUAUUCCUAAAUAUCUGCACAUUUGUACUACUGUAUCUUUGUUUUGUAUUGGACAUCCAGUACUGGCAAGAUUCAGAAGACAAGGGAGUGCUGUAGUGUUGUAAGUUAAGAGGUUUAUUGUAUAGGAGUUAGUACAUAACAAACAGGGAAAGGGGCUUUCAAGCCAUAGGAUUUGCUGGAAAAACUGAAAAGUCCGAAUGCUGCAUCCCGUAAGAGGUUUGAUUUAAAUCCAGUUAAAGAGAAACCCCGUUCUUGCUCACCUGGAUCUUAAUCCUGGCGGAAAUAUUGAUACGAACUGUGCUGCCUCCAGGAAUAGUUUUACUUACUUGGGCGGUGGGAGAGCCUCCAGCCCUGCUUGCGGUGGGAGCACGCGCACGCUGAAGCAGCGUUGUGUCCUCUUGUCUCUGCAGUCUCUUCUGGUCACACACACAGUGCCUGCCUCGUCCCUGGCCCUCAGGUGGGCUUUGACAGAGCCACACCUUGGGCACAGAGACACCUGCUUGUGUCCAGUCCUCAGGGAUCCUGAUCCCACAGUGUCCGUGGCCUUGUGCAGAAUGACGAGGACAAAGGACAGAUGUGUGCCCCACCCGAGCAUGGUGGUCUGUGCUGCCUGGCAAAGGGAUGGGCAGGUAGGAGCGGACUCCAAGCAGGCCAGGCAGCAAAGUGAAGGCUAAAACUAGGAUCCCAGUGAGAGCUGUGGUGUUUUCCCUUCUGGAUACUGUAUCAGGUGCUGUGGCUACCGGGUGCUCUGGCUGACAGCUGUCCGUAAAGGCUUCAGAUGGGGAUAUAUGUCUUUCCUGGUCCACCAGGGCCAGGGACAGUGAAGUCUUACGUGCCCUGCAGCCAGGAUCUGGGGUUUAGUGAUAACGAGUCAAGUACUCAUGCAGCAGAGGCAGCAGCAUUUCAUCAGACUGAGUGCAGCAGAGAGCUGAAGGAUUUGUGUCUUUCCAGGUCCUAGCCAUUGAUCCCUUGUUAUGUGUCAGGGCAAGCGUUACUAGUAAAACUUCUUUUAGCUGGGUGUUAAAGGCAUGGUAUGUUUUUCAUUUGCUAGUGCUGCUUCGGCUGGGACCACACCCUGCCCCCAGCCAGGCUGGGUGUGGGAUCCCUGAAAUCAGGGCACUGUGCUGGGCAGGAGGGGAUUGCUUUUUUUGUGCACCUGCCUUCACAGCUGUCCCAAAGUGAUGCCGAGCAGUACCUCAUUUCUCCAAGUGGUCUGUGCAGAUUAGAGACUAAGUAUCAGUUGUUCUUGAGCCUUGAUGACAUUUAUAUGUAAGUGUGUUUAGCUUGACAAAAGUUGUUAGAGUUUACUAAUGCAACAGAGAGAUGCCAGGUGGAGCCAGUCAAGGAGCUGGCUACUUUAACUAGAUUAGCCUGGCAUCUCUGUCAUGAAGUGGUUGUGAGCUCUCAACUCAGAGCUGAUCUCCAGCAUGUCUCUGAUAUACUAACUUCAUUUGUGCUGCAUAGAAACUCUCAUACCUUCUUAAUAGCAGCUUGUUUGACAGUCCUGAAUUAAAUGUUGACCAAUUAUCAAAGUAAUAACUGUUUGUGAAGUUGCCAGUGAUAUAUUUUCUGUAAAAGAAUGAAUUCUUAGAGUGUCAAAACAUUAAUUUCCCAUUUCAGUUCAUCUACAAAUUGUGUAACUACCAGAUUGUUAUGGUAGCAAUAUUAAUAUACAUACCUGUAUAUAGACAAAAAAACUCACUAAUGAUAAUUGGAAUCAAAAAGUUUAAUAUUUUUCCCAGUCAAAUACACUAAUGCUUCCAAGGUGAUAGAAGAGUGUACAGUUGUUAAACAAGUUGUAAAUAAACGCUUAUAUAAAAUGUAAA